AUGACUGACGGCUCUGUGCGAUUCGAUGGUCGUGUCGCAAUCGUGACGGGCUCUGGUCGAGGUCUUGGUCGCGAAUACGCAGUCUCUCUUGGUCGCUUAGGAGCUGCUGUAGUUGUGAACAGCACCAAGGAAAAGACGGCUCAAAGUACAGCCGAAGAGAUCAUAAGGGCGGGCGGGACGGCGGUAGCCGUUGUUGGUAGCGUCGCCGACCGACUUACUGCGGACUCACUAGUGGAAGCUGCUGUGAAGAAUUUUGGACGGGUCGAUAUCGUUAUUAAUGAUGCGGGCUCCGGCGACUCCGCUAAUUUUGAGAAUGAAAUGACCUCGAAACUCUCGGACAGCUUCAGUGUACAUGUUGUAGGAGCGUGGAAUGUUACUCAGGCAGCAUGGCCGUACAUGAAAGCAGUUCCGCGUUCAGUACUCAAACGGUGA